GGCAGAGCCUGCCAGCCGCGGGAGUCGCGCGUGGUCCUGCGCCCUCGCCGCACGCCGGGCGGGUCGGGGCGGCAUGGCGGGCGGCAUGGAGCCGGUGCCCCGCGAGGAGAAGCCUAACCCGCUGCAGGAUGCCAACCUCUGCUCCCGGCUCUUUUUCUGGUGGUUGAAUCCCUUAUUUAUUAUCGGCCAUAAACGGAAGCUUGAAGAAGAUGAUAUGUAUAAAGUGAUGCCAGAAGAUUCCUCAGAGAAGCUUGGAGAGGAGUUGCAGUGGUACUGGGAUAAGGAGGUGCAAAAAGCAAAAAAGAGAGGAAAAACACCACAUUUAACAAAAGCCAUUAUUCUGUGUUACUGGAAAUCCUAUUUAGUUUUUGGAAUUUUCACAAUGAUUGAGGAAACCCUCAAAAUAAUUCAACCAAUUUUUUUGGGGAAAAUUAUUAAUUUUUUUGAAAACUAUGAUGCCUCAGAUGAGGUAGCUUUGAAUUUUGCAUAUUGCUACGCAGGUGCUCUGUCUGUGUGCACGCUUAUUCUGGCUAUCAUGCACCACUUAUACUUCUACCACGUGCAGAGGGCUGGCAUGAAGCUGAGGGUGGCCAUGUGUCACAUGAUUUAUCGCAAGGCACUUCGUCUCAGUAAUGUGGCUAUGGCGAAAACUACCACUGGUCAAAUAGUAAACCUGCUGUCAAAUGAUGUGAACAAAUUUGAUCAAGUAACAAUUUUCUUGCACUUCUUGUGGGCCGGACCACUUCAAGCUGUCGCAGUUACAGUACUUCUCUGGAUGGAAAUAGGCCCAUCAUGUCUUGCAGGAAUGGCAGUUCUGAUUAUUCUUCUUCCUGUGCAGACCUGCAUUGGGAGGCUUUUCUCCUCCCUCAGAAGCAAGACAGCUGCCUUAACAGAUGUCAGGAUUAGGACCAUGAAUGAAGUGAUAAGCGGUAUGAAGAUAAUAAAGAUGUACGCUUGGGAAAAAUCAUUUGCGGAACUUGUGAAUGGUUUAAGAAGGAAGGAGAUUGCCAUGGUUAUGAAAAGCUCUUACCUUCGAGGACUGAACUUAGCCUCGUUCUUUGUGGCAAGCAAAAUAACAGUGUUCAUGACUUUCAUGGCUUAUGUACUACUUGGGAAUGUCAUCUCUGCAAGCAGGGUGUUUGUGGCAGUGUCCCUGUACGGAGCAGUGAGACUCACAGUGACCCUGUUCUUCCCUUCGGCCGUGGAGAGAGUGUCUGAGUCAGUGAUCAGCAUCCGGCGGAUCAAGAACUUUCUGAUGCUUGAUGAGGUCUCACACUUCAAGCCACAACUGCAUGGCAAUAACGAAAAUAUCCUUCUUCAUGUUCAAGAUUUGACUUGCUCUUGGGAUAAGACUUUAGAAACCCCAACACUUCAACAGAUUUCGUUUACUGUCAGACGAGGGGAGUUACUGGCUGUGAUUGGUCCUGUAGGAGCUGGAAAAUCUUCUCUCUUAAGUGCCAUACUUGGUGAGCUGCCUAAAGACAAGGGUUCAAUAAAUGUUACUGGAAGAAUUGCCUAUGUUUCACAGCAGCCUUGGGUGUUUUCUGGCACUGUCAGAAGUAAUAUACUGUUUGACAAGGAAUAUGAGAAAGAAAAAUACGAAAAUGUUUUAAAAGUCUGUGCUCUUAAAAAGGACUUGGAAUUAUUGGCAAAUGGUGACCUAACAGUAAUAGGAGAUCGUGGAGCUACUCUGAGUGGGGGACAGAAGGCCCGUGUGAAUCUGGCCAGAGCCGUGUAUCAAGAUGCGGACAUCUAUCUUUUGGACGAUCCACUGAGUGCAGUAGAUGCUGAAGUUGGAAGACAUUUGUUUGAAAAAUGUAUUUGUCAGGCCUUACAUCAGAAGAUUUCUGUUUUGGUCACUCACCAGUUGCAAUAUCUCCGUGCUGCAAAUCAGAUUAUAAUUUUAAAGGAUGGUAAAAUGGUGGGGAAAGGUACCUAUGCAGAGUUCCUGAAAUCUGGCAUCGACUUUGCUUCCCUUUUGAAAAAAGAUGAGGAGGUGGUAGAACAGCUGUCAGUUCCAGGAACCCCCAACCUGAAGUCUGCCCGGAACCGAACCUUCUCGGAGUCCUCUGUCUUGUCCCAGGAUUCGUCCGUCCACUCACAGAAAGAUGGAGCUGUGGAACAACCCCCUGGUGAAAAUGCACUGGCUGCAGUGCCAGAAGAGAGUCGACAUGAGGGAAAAAUAAACUUUAAAGUUUACAGAAAAUACUUCUCUGCAGGAGCAAACUACUUUGUGAUUUUUAUACUCUUAUUAUUUAAUAUUUUGGCACAGGUGGCCUAUGUGCUUCAGGACUGGUGGCUUUCUUACUGGGCAAAUCAUCAAGAAAAGUUGAAUCUCACAACAAAUGGAAAUAAUGGAACAAAAGUGCCUGAUCUAGACCUUAACUUUUAUUUGGGAAUUUAUGCAGGUUUAACAGUGGCUACAAUACUAUUUGGCAUAAUAAGAAGUCUUCUGGUGUUUCAAGUUCUUGUCAAUUCUGGUCAGAAUUUGCACAACAAAAUGUUUCAAUCCAUUUUGAAAGCCCCUGUCUUGUUUUUUGACAGAAAUCCUAUAGGAAGAAUCUUAAAUCGGUUCUCCAAAGAUAUUGGCCACUUGGAUGACUUGCUUCCAUUGACCUUCUUGGACUUUGUGCAGACUCUCCUACAGAUUUGUGGUGUGGUGGCUGUGGCUGUGGCAGUGAUUCCUUGGAUGCUCAUCCCCUUAAUUCCACUAUUUAUUCUUUUCAUUUUUCUUCGACGAUAUUUCUUAGACACUUCAAGAGAUAUUAAACGUCUAGAAUCCACAACUCGAAGUCCAGUGUUCUCCCACUUGUCGUCAUCCCUCCAGGGGCUUUGGACUAUUCGGGCUUUGAAAGCUGAGGAAAGAUUUCAAAAAUUAUUCGAUGCACACCAAGACCUCCACUCAGAGGCCUGGUUUCUCUUCUUGACAACCUCAAGGUGGUUUGCUGUGCGCCUGGAUGCCAUCUGUGCCAUUUUUGUUAUAGUGGUUGCUUUUGGUUCCCUGCUUCUCGCCAACACUCUGAAUGCGGGGCAGGUUGGUUUGGCGCUCUCCUAUGCAAUCACCCUCAUGGGAACGUUCCAGUGGGGUGUUAGACAGAGUGCUGAAGUUGAAAACCUGAUGAUAUCAGUAGAAAGAGUGAUGGAGUACACAGAACUUGAAAAAGAAGCUCCUUGGGAGACCAACAAACAUCCACCCCCAGAAUGGCCUAACCAAGGAAUGAUAGCAUUUGAGAAUGUUAACUUCACUUACAGUCUAGAUGGACCAUUGGUUUUAAGACAUUUGUCUGCUGUAAUUAAACCAAAAGAAAAGGUUGGAAUAGUGGGAAGAACCGGAGCUGGGAAAAGCUCUCUGAUAGCAGCCCUCUUUCGCUUGGCAGAACCUGAAGGAAGGAUUUGGAUUGAUAUGUACUUGACAUCAGAGCUGGGACUCCAUGACUUGCGGAAGAAAAUCUCAAUUAUACCUCAAGAGCCUGUUUUGUUCACUGGAACUAUGAGGAAAAACUUAGAUCCUUUCAAUGAAUACACUGAUGAAGAGCUGUGGAACGCCUUGGAAGAGGUGCAACUGAAGGAGGUUGUGGAAGAUCUACCCAACAAAAUGGAGACACAGCUGGCAGAAUCUGGAUCUAAUUUUAGUGUUGGUCAGAGACAGCUGGUGUGUCUUGCCAGAGCAGUUCUAAAAAAAAAUCGUAUUCUUAUCAUUGAUGAAGCAACAGCAAAUGUGGACCCAAGAACAGAUGAGUUCAUUCAAAAGACGAUCCGUGAGACCUUUGCUCACUGCACAGUGCUGACCAUUGCACACCGCUUGAACACCAUUAUUGACAGUGAUAGGAUUAUGGUUUUAGAUGCGGGAAGACUGAAAGAAUACGGUGAACCUUACAUUUUGCUGCAAGAACAAGACAGCUUGUUUUACAAAAUGGUGCAACAAGUGGGCAAGACUGAAGCGGCUGCUCUGAUUGAAACAGCAAAACGGGUAUACUUCAGUAAGAAUUACCCAGAAGUUGUUCAGAAUGGUCAGCUUGCCACAGACUCCUCCUUGGAUCCUUCCUCAGGAUUAUGCAUAACUGAAACUGCACUGUGAUUCCUCAUUGCCUUAACUGUUCUCUGCAGAAUGUAAACCUGAGAUCAUCUAAACUCGGCGUCAAUGGGAGAGGAAAGGGAGGGGGGCAAUUCUUUGCACUGGACAUCCUUCCUAUUUAAUACUGAGAAGAGAAUUUAUAUUGUCCCUGUUUCUUUCAUUUCAGUGCAAUAUGUUUUUCUUUCCAGCUAAUUAUGUUUGUAUUGCUAAAGAAAUUAGGCAGAUUCAGUUUUUAUUUGAAAUUUACGUGGUAGAGAUCUCUUUUAUUUAAAUAGGUGCAGGACACCUAACAGGUCUAGUGUGCAUAUUUGGAGCUUUGUAAAGUAAUUGGAAUGUGUCCUUCUUUUUUCUUUUAGAAAUAUUUUGAGAGCGAGCAAAACCAAAUUUUUUUCAGUGUCUCUUUAGCAUGACAGCUCUGUCUGAACAGCAGAUUUGGUAGUGUGCAACUCACUUGUCUAGAGGAACUAUCUUUCUACCUGUCACAAGUACCUAUGCAGGCUGGUAAGAAAAAACUUGAAGAAGCCAAAAACACUUUUUCAUUUUGAUAGAAAAGUACUAUAUACUUUUUUUUUUUUUAAAUAAACAGUUCAAAUAAUGCUGUUCAAGAUGAAUGUAAAUAUUAGUUUUAUUUCGCUAAAAUCCAAAUGCUGAAAAAUCAGUCUCAAUCUUCUGUACUUCAGAAGAAAAUUACCGCAUUUGCACUGAAGAAAUAUUUAAAUAAUUUAACAUACAUUCCUCUUUUUACCCGGGUUAUCAAAGAAAAAAAGGUAUUAAAAUAACUUGAGGAAAUAUUUGAAUGACAUGUCAUUAUACCUAAAUACUGUGUAGUACAAAGUUAUCUUCAACACAACACAUUGAAAUGUAUACAUUAUUUGCAUUUAUUGUGCCUUAAUAUUUGUGCCUUCAAGCCAAAGCUGUAACUGCAGGGUACACAACAAAUUCAUUAGAUAUAUGUUAAAAAUAUGUAACUUCAGUUUUGCAUCAGGGGUUCUGUUGAACUUCAGCUGUAUGAAGUUACCACCCUGCCAGAAUAAGUAGGAAAAUACAACCUGUAGUUUCAAAUGGCAGUUGCUGAUAGAGAGGAAUGCAGUGAGAGAGGGGUUCAAUAUUCAUAAGUUUUGUCCUGAUUCAGCAAAGCACUUCAACACAAAGGCACUGUUCCCAUGUUUGAAAAAUAAACCAAGCAAGUGCCGUGCUGCUUCAGGUCUUUUCAAAUCUGAAAAAAAAUUGAGCUAUUCUUUGAGGUCCAGUAGAAAACACAUCUAUUCAUCUUGCUGUUUAAAGGCCACAGGAGAGACUAAAAGGCAACAGAUUUCUUCAGGAAAUGGAAAAUAUUGUGCUUUUUUUAAAAAUACUGAAGAUGCUUGCUAUUACCUUUGUAGUGCCAAACAAGUGUUAUUUACCCAGUGUUCAUCCAGUGGUCUGAAAGUAAGGCAAACACGCGUGUUUCUCAUUUCAAGCAGUUCUACCAGAAUGCAAUUUAGUCAGAUACAAAGCUACUUCUUACUGAGAAGUAAAUUGAGGCCAAAGCCUGUGCCUCAGCACAGCCACUCAUCUUGGACAUCUUCCUGCUUGGAGCCAGCCCGAUGGUGAGAGGCAGAGUCGCUGUUCCCGUGUUACAGCAUCCUCCCUGCACUGGAGCUUGCUGUCCUGCUGUGAGAUCCCAUGAGACAGGGGAUUGUGUCUGCAGUGCCACCAGCCAGCUUUCUGACGGACAGGAGCUUUAGGAGCUUGUGGAGCAAACAUCAGGCAUCUGUGCAUUCUGGUAACAUCCUCUUAGCGUGCUUAAAAAUCAUUAGGGGGAAGUUAUAAAAUGUGAUGCUUUUGCCCUUAGACUUUUUUGUCAAGUCCUAACACUUCUCCUGCACUGUGUAGCACCUUACACUGUAAAAGUUCUACUGAGAUCAGUGGAACUGAACUUCACACAGUGAUGUGCAGCAGGAGGCUUGAGCUACAUCUGAUGAUAAAAUACCAGCCAGCCAGGGCCAGCUACCAGCCACCAAGCCAUGUGGCACAGGUGUGCUCAUGUGUGCAGUGCUUAUGGCAGAUCCUUCUGAGAACACACCAGCCACAUCCACUUUCUGUAUGGCUUGGCCCUUCUCUGAGCUGCCGCAGUGUCCUAGCACACAGUUAUCAUCCUGUGGUGUUCUGUGGCUGUUUUUCUUUUUUGUUAAAGCUGUCUGAAAUAAGAACAGGGCUGUUCUGCAGCUGAGUGAGAGUAGUGGUUGCAUUGCACGGGUAUGUGAAGAUGUAAAGUUUAAAUGUGUAAAGUCAUGUUAGAUUAUUCUAGGGGAUUGUGUAGUGAAAAGAAAGUUCAACCUCACGGCCUUGUCCACAACUACCUUUUUGACAAGGAUCCAUGGAUGUGUGUCCAAACUCUGCUCAAGCUUUGCCAUGGAAAAUCCUUAUUGGAGUGGUGCAAAACACAGCUACGGUGAGCUGACCAGGAAGGCAGUGCACUUUAUCGAGUUGGGAGUUUGAGCUCCUUUGUUUAUCUUAUUUUUUGA